UGAACACGUUGCUCCUGUGAUUCAGCCUGUUUAUAGCAAUACAACCUGGAACUCUGCUGGUUCUAAAGCUGGAAUACAUCCUCAUCUGCUUUCUAGCUUAAAUUUUUUUUCGAACAUAGACUCAAUGACAGCUAUACAGAGCGUAAGUCUCCCUGCCUUAGUUUCUGGGAGAAACGCAUUAAUAAAAGCUCAAACGGGAUCAGGAAAAACGCUUGCGUAUGCUGUACCUCUGCUAAAUUAUCUCAUUAAACUUGAACCCCCAAUAACUCGAAGUAGUGGAUCCCUUGCAUUGAUCAUUUUACCAACACGAGAACUUGCUAUUCAAACGUCUACAGUAUUUUCUACUCUCACCAGAUCAUGCGUUCGAAUCGUUUCUGGUCUAAUGAUCGGUGGUAUUAAGCGAAAGUCUCAGAAGGCUAGCCUACGUAAAGGAAUCAACAUUGUUAUUGGCACUCCCCAGAGAAUUCUUGAUCAUAUGCAUAUGACAAAGUCUUUGGAUCUCAAGUGUAUACGCUGGCUAGUAAUUGAUGAGGCAGAUCGUCUCCUUGAGAUGGGUUUUGAACGAGAUGUCCGACGCAUACUCACUUCCUUGACCCCCAAUCUUGGCUCGCCACCAGAUAGUGGACUGUUCAAGGGCCCUACUCAAGUCAUACUCCUGUCAGCCACGCUAACA